UAGCCAUUGGACACAGUCCCCCACCCCCCUCCAAAAAAAAAAAAAAACCUUCUUCCUCUCUUCAUUCCUGUUGCAAAGUUCUUUUGUCUAUCAUGGCGUCUCAGAAACUAACAGAGUAUGAACGUCAAAGGCUCGAAAACAUAAAGAGAAACGCCGAAAUGGUGGCCGCACUCAAGCUCCACUCAAAAGCAGCCACUCUUUCAGCCGCCACCGCCAAACGCCACAGGACGAAAACGUAUAAAACGAGUCCAGAGAAAAAACCCAAGACGGAAACCCCUAUCGUAAUUCGACGGUCGUUGAGGACGAGAGGUAUGCCGCCGGAUUCAAAAGGUUUGCCUGAUGACUUUUCUGACAAUUUCGAUAAAACCCCAAAAUCCGUUAGCGUUAUAAAGCCGCAAUCGCCUCGUGUUUUGGGUCCUAUUAGUAUGGUAGAUGCUUUUAGUGGAGAUGAUGAAACGGAGUCUAACAAAAUGCUGGUUGGGACAAUUUUGAGUAUUGCAAAGGAGACCCAAGUUGGUGUUUCGGUUAAGGAUGUUAAAGAUGAGAUUUUUAGUGAGAAAGGAGCUUUGGGUUCUUGCAAAAGUGAGGGUUUUGAAUCACUAGGUACAGAAAAGGUUGAUGAGAGUUUGAGUGGAAAAAGGAAGUUGGUCAAGGGUGUGGUUAAAAAUGAGUAUUUGGAUAGUUUAGUUAAGAUUGAGAAGAGUGAUCAAUGGCUGGAAUCGUUGGAUUUGAAACCGGAAAAUGUAGCACGGCUUUUGCCUGGAAGGAUUAUGGUGGUUAAGUUUUUCCCUUGCAGUAGUGUGAGGAUGAUUGCAGCUGGGAACAAAUUUGGGAAUAUUGCAUUUUGGAAUGUGGAUUCUAACAAUGAAAAGGAAGAUGGCAUAUAUCUUUAUCGCCCGCAUACUGGCCCCAUUUCUGGGAUUUUGAUUCAUCAACAUUCGAUGUCAAAGAUUUAUAGCAGCUGCUAUGAUGGCUUUAUUCGAUUAAUGGAUGCUGAGAAGGAAGUUUUUGAUCUGGUGCAUUCUUGUGAUGAUACCAUAUUUUCCCUCUCUCAACAGCCUAAUAAUUCGGAGACCUUAUAUUUCGCUGAGGGUCGUGGAGGAUUGAAGGUUUGGGAUAUUCGGACUGGGAAGUCCAGUAAAAACUGGAUGCUUCAUGAAGAUAGGAUCAACACCAUAAACUUCAACUCGCAAAAUCCCAACAUAAUGGCAACCAGUUCAACGGAUGGAACUGCUUGCAUUUGGGAUUUAAGGAGUAUGAGCGGCCAUAAACUGAAAACCUUAAAGACUGUGAGCCAUAGUAGGGCUGUUCAUUCCGCUUACUUCUCUCCCUCUGGAAGCUCUCUUGCGACCACAAGUUUGGACAACAAGGUGGGUAUAAUAAGUGGAGUUAAUUUUGAGGACGCUUGUAUGAUAUACCAUGAUAAUUGGACUGGGAGGUGGCUUUCCAGUUUCAGAGGUAUAUGGGGGUGGGAUGAUUCAUACAUCUUCAUUGGCAACAUGAAAAGAGGUGUUGAUGUAAUCUCUCCAUCACAAAAGAGAAGUGUUAUGACUUUGCAGAGUCCAGAAAUGUCUGCAAUUCCAUGCAGAUUUGAUGCGCACCCAUAUGAAAUUGGGAUGUUAGCAGGAGCCACCAGUGGGGGUCAAGUUUAUCUAUGGACACCAUGUUAAAAAAAUCUGAAUCUUUCAAGGAAUUUGUGCUUUGUACUUGCUAGCAAGGUUUUUUUGGUCAGACUUAGUAGCCAAUGUGCAUCACAUAUCCGAUCCUUGAAUCUCAUUUGUUAUUGACAAUUCUAGUAACCAGUGCUUACACUUUAUGAUAUCAUUAUCACGUAAAAAAUUGUUAGAAACAACAGAAGCACAACUGAUUUGGCUUGACUUAUAGUCAGACAGUCAUACCGUAUUCAAUGUUGGCUUUAUGCUUAAAUUUCAAUGAAUGGGGCUUUGAUUUCUUCUUUUCCAA